UCCUCGGCCAGAGCCAGCUCGCCGCCAUGUCUCGCCUGCUGCGCCCAUCACUGCGUCACCUCGCCGCCCGCUCGCUGCAGUCGCGCGCCGCAUCGUCGUCUGCCUCGGGCACGGCGGCCGCGGGCGAGGCCGCCUCUUCGCGCUUUGACGGCGCCGCCCCUGCACCUUCCUCGAGCACCUCGGCCUGGGCACCCGCUCUGCCCCGCGGCACCGAGCCGGCGUACGACGAGGCGCUGGAGUUCCUCGCCGCGCACCGCAAGAAGCUGGCGGGCCGUGUCGAGGAGCUGCGGCAACAGGCCGCCGGCGUGACGGAUGCCGAGGAGCAGAAGCGCCUCGCCGCCGUCAUUCGCAGCGCAGAGGUGGCGCGCGACGUCAACGACCCCGAGACGCGCAUGCGCUUCCAGACUCAGGAGGCAGUGCCGCUCUCCGAGCCCGUGUUCCUGCAUCUGCACCAGAAGUUCUGGCAGUCUGGCCCCCUGCCGCGCCUGCUCGAGCGCGCUCGCACCAUGUCUGUGAUCCCCGACGUUGUGCCGCAGCUGACGGCGCAAGUCGACCUGCGGCUGGCAUUCGGCCAGGGCAGCGGCUACACGGACCACGAAGCGGGCGGCGGCGACGUCCUGGCUGGCGUGCAUGUGCCGGUGUCGGCGACCGCCACCGAGCCGACAAUCACGGCUGUGCCGUUCCACACCGAGGAGCGGCUGUACACCGUGGCCCUGAUCGAUGCAGACGCGCCGGAUGCGCAGGCACAGCGCUACACCUCGUGGUGCCACUGGCUCGCGACCGAUGUGCCGCUCUCCGCAACGCGCACGAGCAUCACGGUGGACGCCGGCCGUACUCUGCUGCCCUACGUGCCCGCGCACCCGGCGCGCGGCACGGACGCGCACCGCAUGACGCUUGUGCUCGUCUCUCAGGAGGCUGACUCGGCAGCCUCGCCGGCUGCCCCUUCGCGCGAGGGCUUCUCCCUUGCGGCGUGGCUGGAACAGGCGCGCGGCGAGGCGGUUGGCCUGGCCUUCUGGCGGUCCAAGUGGGCGGAGGCAGACGCCGCAGCCGUCAGCCAGGUGUGGAGCACGUACCGGAAGGACGAGGCCGAGCCGACAUACGGCAAGCCGCCGCGCCAGAGCGAGUACGAGGCGGUCGACGGAAGCCGGCCAUCGCGGUAUUUCUAGACGCAGAGAGCGAAAUGGCAAUCAUGCGAGGCAAGAUCAGACGCAAGGCACAGCCUUCGGCGCUGGUGCUACAAGGUGCCCACGCGCUUCCGUGCAUCUGCACCCCGCGCCGGCCCCGCAUCUGGCAGCGUGUGCGAGCUGAUCAGCGUUCGAUGCAUUGCGAUGGUCACAUUUUGUUCGUCUCUGCACGCCGCUCAUGCCGGCACAGCGCCGACCGGACUGGCGCACGGCGGCGGCGGCGGCUUGGACGUGUCG